AGGCACGAAAUAGGUUAAGUAGCUUAUGCAAGGACGCACAACUACGUGGCUUGACCUGGCUUCGAACUUAGUUCUCUUAGUCCUAAGGCCCGUAAUUUUAACUUUGCUUUACCAAACAAACACAGAAGAAGAAUGGCGUGUCAGAAGGAGGAGGACUGAGUGUGAUUUGAAGUGGAAAGAUGAUGAUAAACGAGAAGAGAAUGAUGAUGGGAGACAGAGUAGUGGGGAGGAGGACCUGAAUAUGGAAUCUUGCGGGCCUCCCCCUUCUAAGUCGCCGCCUCCUCCUUAGUUCUUGAGGCCCCACAACUUUUUCUUGGUGUACUAUGGCUUUAGGAAUGGAGGAGCCAACUCACAGACCUGGGCCGUUCGGGUGGUUUUAAGAAGUUUGAACUGCAGUUCAGUCCAGGACAGUGCCUUGAGACACUGUGUUUGGAGAUCAGAUCAAACAUUGUCUGGCCUGCACUGUAAAACUAGUUAGCUGACGACGACUUCUCAGGUUUCUUCAAGAUGCCUGCAGCACUUGUGGAGAAUAGCCAGGUUAUCUGUGAAGUAUGGGCCAGUAAUCUAGAAGAAGAGAUGAGGAAGAUCCGAGAAAUCGUGCUCAGUUACAGUUAUAUUGCCAUGGACACAGAAUUUCCAGGUGUUGUGGUGCGACCAAUUGGUGAAUUUCGUAGUUCCAUAGAUUACCAGUAUCAGCUUCUGCGGUGCAAUGUUGACCUUUUAAAAAUUAUCCAGCUGGGCCUUACAUUCACAAAUGAGAAGGGAGAAUAUCCUUCUGGAAUCAAUACUUGGCAGUUCAAUUUCAAAUUUAACCUUACAGAGGACAUGUACUCCCAGGAUUCCAUAGAUCUCCUUGCUAACUCAGGACUACAGUUUCAGAAGCAUGAAGAGGAAGGGAUUGACACACUGCACUUUGCAGAACUGCUUAUGACAUCAGGAGUGGUUCUCUGUGACAAUGUCAAAUGGCUUUCAUUUCAUAGUGGCUAUGAUUUUGGCUAUAUGGUAAAGUUGCUUACAGAUUCUCGUUUGCCAGAAGAGGAACAUGAAUUCUUUCAUAUUCUGAACCUUUUCUUCCCAUCCAUUUAUGAUGUGAAAUACCUGAUGAAGAGUUGCAAAAAUCUUAAGGGAGGUCUUCAGGAAGUUGCUGAUCAGUUGGAUUUGCAGAGGAUUGGAAGGCAGCACCAAGCAGGCUCAGACUCACUGCUGACAGGAAUGGCUUUCUUUAGGAUGAAAGAGUUGUUUUUUGAGGACAGCAUUGAUGAUGCCAAGUACUGUGGACGGCUCUAUGGCUUAGGCACAGGAGUGGCCCAGAAGCAGAAUGAGGAUGUGGACUCUGCCCAGGAGAAGAUGAGCAUCCUGGCGAUUAUCAACAACAUGCAGCAGUGAUGGCGCCAGGCUCUGCAGGUUGGGCCUGAUCCGAGUGGUGCUUACUGUGCUGACUGUGUACUUAUCUUCCCCAAGAGAAAAUGCUUCUUUUGAGCAAACUGUACCUACCAUCUGCAUUGAGCAGAAAGACUUUUGUUUUACUGAAGACAAAGUUGUCUUUAUUUUAGACCCAGAAGAGAGGAGUUUGCUCUGAAUUUGUAAGUAAGUCUUCCCCAUUCCUCAUCCCUGAGCCUCUCCUCUCUGGUUGCCUCCUGCCACCAGCAUCCAUGGCUCAUUUGACACCUUUUUAAAUAUCCAGGACAAGUCUGAAACAAACUAGUAAAAUGUAUAUAACUCUUACCUGUUGUCAUUCUUUUUCUUUUAAAUUUAUUGCUAAUCUCUGAUAAUGAAGAUUCUUACUCUGAUUCUCAGCUGAGCUGUGAGGGCUUCCAGGGAAAAUGGAACAAAAUGGUGUUCUUAUGUAAUGGGUUGUAGAUACUGAGUCUUCCUUUCCUUUUCUGACCCUUCUUGAGGACAUUUGCUUUCCUCACACUUUUGUAGUCUUUCUUUACAUAUUACUAUAUGGAAAUGAAUUGCUCUGUGCUGAAAUUUGAAGACCAGAAAAUGAAACUUAAAAGCAAACAAUUUUACUGAAUCUGUGUACCCUUCAUUCAUGAGAACUCCAGAAUGAGUGUUGACCACUGAAGCAUCUUUUAAGUCUGUGUUCCAUUGUGCCACUCAGGUUUGCCGUCGCAUACGUAUCAUCUGAAAUCAUUUGAAAUUUUUGUACAAUAAAAUAUCCUGGAUUUGAUCCCAAAUGAAACUAGUAAGAUCAGAUUUUUGGGUCAUGUCUGUUGUAUUUUCAAUAAUGUGAUUUCAGAUAGUCAUCUGGAUUCUCCCACUUCUCUAUUUUCUCUACUUUUCCUUCCAGCAAACCUGAAACAUUAGGGAGAUGGAUUAAUGUGAGUACCAGGAAUGUCUUUAAAAAGCUAGAGUGGUUACGUUUAAUCAGGCAGUAAGAUAAUUUGGGUUCUUGAGUUGUUUUGGAGCAAUAUCCCACAACUGGGGUAGGAAGCUCAGGAUUUUUUUUUUUUUUUUAAAGCUAGUCAUUUCAAAAGUACAUUGUAUUUUUUUGAAUGACCACAGUAUGGACAAUUUCAAAAACCAAAACCCCCUUUGGAUUGGUGGAAAUAAAAACUGGUAACUCACUCAAGUGAAUGAAUGGUCUUGCAUUUUAAAAGCUUAUGAGAAACUCAAUUUGAAAUGAUUAAAAAAUGUCAAGUAUUAUAAGCUGGUAUUUAAGAUGCUUGUAAAUAUUAUUUAUGUUUUUAAUUUUGUAAAAUAAAGAUUUCUUUUUAACCACUGGCA